AUGGCGACCACUGAAACAUUUACUGCUGAAGCAAUAGAUAAUGUAUCCGAUGCAAUGUCGAAUAACAUCACAAAUACUCCAUCAUCGCCGUGGAAUUCAUCUUUGACUACAACUGUUGUGUUGUCUAUACUAUAUGGCGUCGUCUCCUUGAUGUCAGUUCUCGGGAAUUCACUUGUCAUAUUCGUCGUGGUGCGAAACAAGAAAAUGAGAACGAUCACAAAUGCAUUAUUGGUUAACCUAGCUAUCAGCGACAUUAUUCAAGGACUGUUCGCUACGCCAUUCCAAUUCGCUCCUGCGAUUCUGUACAGAUGGCCGUUUGGUGAUUUUAUGUGUCCCUUUGUACCGUUCGUAAAAACACUUUCUAUAUUAGUAAGCAUUGGUACACUGACUGUUAUAUCCGUAGAUAGAUAUUUUGCUGUAUGUCAUCCGUUAAAAAAAAGAUUAUCACCAUUUUCGUCAGGUGUUACGGUGUCAAUAAUAUGGAUAAAUGGAAUAUGUUCUUCGAUACCGCUUGUUUGGAAUUUACAUACGUAUACAUACAGCUUCCCAGACGGAAACUCUCUGGUGUUUUGCAUUCCGACAUGGGAAAGCGAACGAAGUCGAAGUAUUUAUCAUAUAUACAUUUUUGUCUUGUCUUACGCUGUACCAUUAGUUAUAAUCACAAUUGCGUAUAGUUUGAUUGCAAUAAAAAUGUACUUCAGCAAGACACCGGGAGAGAGUAGUGUCACGAGAGAUCAAAAUAUUGCUAAGAAUAAAAGGAAGGUUAUUAAAAUGGUAAUGGUUUUAGUAAUUCUAUUUGCGUUCUGUUGGUUACCACUUCAAAUGUACGAUAUUUUGAAGUUUACAACGCCAGACAUCCUGAGUUACAAGUAUAUCAAUAUUAUAUGGUUCUGCUGUAACUGGUUAGCAAUGAGCAACGCUGCGUGCAAUCCAUUCGUAUAUGGUUUACUCAACGACAACUUCAAACGAGAGUACAAGAAAGUGUUCAAGCUUGAAAAGAAAACCCCUAAAGUUGGCCCAACUCCUGUAGUUGAUGUGAUUGUGAGUGGCGGCGAACUGCACUAA